AGGAACCAAAAGUGGAGAGAUUUUAUCAAUAGGCAUAUAUACACAGGUUCUGUUGUUGAAAACGAAUCGGGAAAAUCAACGCCAUUAUCCGACGACGCCGUACCAACACCGAGGCAUAUGGAAUUCACUACCAACGCGGAGUUGAACUUAUCCUGCUGCAUUCUUAUGCUAGAUAUAUUACUAAAACAGAUGGAGUUGCAGAACAUAGACAAGCACACAGGGAUCAACACGUGGGUCUGCAGGGACGCGUGUCGUUUGAUGAAGUCGAUCGUCGCCUCGAAUUGGAACAAUUGUCACGUGUGCAACGUGGACACAGAAUGCACCUACUGCGAGUCCAGCGUGAUCUGGCAUCAAUUAUGUUUGCAGUUGGUCACCUACAUGGCACCGGAAAAUCCAGCUUAUCCGCCUGAUAAAAUCGUGGACGAAACGGCGGAAGACCACGGUCGUAAAAGUCCGGAGACAUCGCGAAAAGGCGACUCGAAGUCCGACGUGGUGAUCAGUAUGCCGUUGCCGGAAAUGCACUCGGUUGGCGGUGUUCUCGCGCACAUGCCUCAGUUCUUCGAACAGAUCAUGACAGCGACAGUAGAGACAGUUUCGGAGCAGCUGGAUCUCGCGGCUAUCAUGCCAACGGAAAAGGUCAUGGCUGUUGCUCGGGCCGUUACCCUCUCCGAGACUGACGUAGCCACAGCAACUGUGAGCGUAGCUAAACCACGUCUGAUAGGAGAGAACGAUCAGCCAUUGAACUUGAGCCCAGAAAAUGAGACGGACGAUUUCUGGCACACCUCUGUUGGAAAGUUUCGAUUUAACAUCGAGGAUCUUCCCGAACAACUUCAGUACAUACACAAACUUUUGAAGGAGAUAAUGACGAUCGACAAGCCUGAUAUACUUUACUACAUGCUUCAAUGUCUAAACGUGAUGUGUCUUUACGGGGAUGCCUUCAACAUGGCAGUGAAGGACCAUCAAGGAUUCUUCAUAUGGUGCCAAGAAAAUUUACUAAUAAAAAACCUGUGGGAACUCCUAAACGCUGAACACUCUCAUAUAGCCCAAGUCACCGUGCCACUGUUGCUCCACUGUGUGACUUUAUCCUGUGGAAUAGAUACCUUCUGGCGUUUGGUUCAAGAAGAGUUUCACAAUUCCGAUUGGCGCGUCCGAUUCGUGGCAGUCGAAAGAGUUACACUGAUAGCUAGAUUCAUGGAUUCCACUCCACUGAGAAAUGUCGCGAACCUCCAAGCUGCUCUGGCGAACGCGUUCUGUUACUUGAUCGCGAGCAUGGACGACAGCAAUGUGUACGUUGCUCAGAGGUCUACUUUGUAUCUUGGUACCAUCCACGACACAGCCAUGAGGUCUCUGAUCCUCUGCUUGGAAACUCAGUUCGACACAGUGAUAGUCGACCGUCCGAUGGUGCUCCAAUCACUGUAUCAAUUACACAACAGCCUGAGCGACAGGCAUGUUUUAACCUGGGAGUUCUUUCUGAAUCGUUUCGACGCUCUGUUCUUGGAGGCUCAGAUUUAUUUGGAAAGGUCCGGAGACAUACCCUAUCUACGAGAUUUGAGGAACACCGACCUGAACAGCGAGACAUUCAUGAAGAAGCUGCACAGGGCGCAGGAAGCCCUGUCCCAGUCGGACGGAAGCGGAACGAACUCUAUAAAGACAUUGAGCGCGAGUUUCGGUACCAAGUGGCCAUACAAGCGCACCAUGUCCGCGCCAGCGUCGAUGAUCCCUCGCCAGGACACGAAACAAGAAAAGGAGAAGGUGUACAGCCGGCAAUACUCGGCGCCUAUCCUGAAGCGCAAGAGCUCCAGAUUCGGACUGGGUCAGUUGCUGGGGUCCACCCCACCUAAUAACAGUAUACCAGAUGGUCACAUUCAUUCGUUGAACAUGGUGGACGAGACCAGCGCGUUACCAGGAUACACGCACAAAAUCGUGGACUUGGAAGAAGCUGACAAAGAGACCAUGCACUUGCUGGUGUUUCUGCUGAUGCAAUUUCUUUCUAGACAGGACCAGGCUUAUCCAACGGACGAGAAACCUCUGUCGAAGACGCAAGGAAUCGUGCUACGUCACUUGUAUCUUCUACUGGGCUACAAUCAAACCGAACGCACCUUCCAUACUUCUCCGCAGCGACUAAGAGUUUCUCCUGUGUUCAACGUCUUCAUCGCGAAUCUGCCUCAGCUGCUAGAUCAGAAUCACGUGAUGGGAUGGGUGAUGACACCUCCAGUUUUGGCUAUCCUCCAACACUGUCCUUGCCCUCCGCAAGGUGUGCCCCCGUCUGAUCAUCAAACGCCCACUUACAGCCUCUGGUACCUCGAACCUCAAAACAGACGCUCCUGGUUAAUGGCUCUUCUCGUCAUACUGUACAAGUGCCAGUACGGUCAGCAGCCGUGGUGCAACCAGCUGCAAGUACUAAUCAAGAUCGUGUUGAACACUCUGGACACGCAGCACCAUCAGUGCAAGAGAAUUCCAGCUACCGUGGUGAUGGGUGCUCCACCAUCCAGAUCACGUGACGUGUCACAACCGUCUCUAGGCGUGGACCACGAGAUGGCUAGCAUUAUGGGGGAUAUGAACGCCGAGAGCCCUCCGAUGAGAACUCCCAUGGUGUCUGUGCAUCAACGAAGUCCCGGGCCGACUCACGGUCAAAUGGAGACUCACUGGGAGGAGAGCACGCCGACCUGUCGUUAUACGAACAAGCACUCCAGCUACUCGAUCAAUGCGGAUGAUACGGAGUCCGAGCUGGCCGCAAUACCCGAGAGCCCAAAAUCUGACAGCACCUUGCAUGGCAGCAGCGGUGGAUCGCUUGGUGAACUGGAGGAAACCCCGACCGCUGUCACCAGAAGCAUUUCACUCCACGGAUCUAGAGCCACCACCGACAUCCUCACGAGAAUGGAUUGGAACAACCAGAACGCGAUGAGGAAGUCCGAAGGGAUCAGCAAACCUACUUGGUUUCUCGGAAGCGAGGAGGAUUCUCAUCAAAAGAGCACAAAGGCUGGAUCGCAGAAGAAAUGGAGCGUUCACGAGGGAGUGAAGAUGAUGGUGACGAGUACUUUGCUAAGUGGUCAGGCAGAUCUGCAGAGGUACACGCCCGUUUCGAGGAUGGAGAAGAUGCCGGAAAGAGCGGAGAAAGGGAUUCUAGAGAAGGCGAUUCCAGAGAAACCAGCACCGGAGAAAGCUGCCCAAGAAAGGAACGUCACUGUGCAAAUAGCUUUCAACGGGGACACUGCCUCCUCGAAGCCUUUCGGGCUGUCCAGCGCUCUGGCAACCACUCUGCCAGCCCAAGUUCAAAGACAAAUGCGAUACGACAGAUACGAGCUGCCAAAGGAGAAGGCAGCGCCAGCCGGCUCCAGUAAUUCAGAUUCGCCGAAUUCUAAGCAACUGGGUCGCCAGAAGCGCAUAGAGCAAAGCGUGACCGUAGCCUCGCCUGUGUCUCCGGGUCAAGUGGUUACAGUGACGAGCAGCGACCAGUCGAGCUCUCCGGCGGUUAGCUCGAUAUCCUCUCAGGUCACGAGCACCGACAAUGGCCAACAUCCGAGCUGGAACGAGCCUCCUCAUCCUUUAACCGCGCCAACCGUCGAGAGACUUUUACCAAUUGGAACCACCGUUCGUUCAGUCGGCUCCUCGUUCGAUCAAGAUAGCGAGACGUGCAUGUCUAGCGACAUAACGAGUCCUAGAAGCAUAUCGCAGCUGGAAUACCCUAUGCCUGAACGAUUGCUACCUGUCGGACCUCACAGAGAUUUCUCUGGUUUGGUCGAACACGUUCGUCAAGCUCUCGGUGUUCAAGAAAUCGAAGUCAAUAUCGUUGGUCCCAACAUCAAACGAGAUACACUCUAGUAGAUCAACGAGUCCAAGAAGGCUGACCAAGCAGGUAGCUCUGGAAUCGCCACCUCCAGCGAUCGAAUCUUUAGACUAUCCCUCUCGUGUGUUCGAUCUUGAUCGAAGAGGCAGAACAAAGGAUCACGUUCGCAUUCAACGAGACAGGCCUCGAAAAGACAGUGUCACUGGACACGAUGGUCCGUUGACCAGGCGUAAAGAAUCCUGGUCUGGUCCUCAACAACAACCUAAUUUCGACGUCGCCUCGCAGCAAGCCUACCACGCGGAUUUCAGCUUGAAGCAAAGUUUAUUCCGCAUCGGCGACGACUGCAUUUACGAGAGGUGCUCGGAAUGUGGGACGAUAAAAGAGGAAUACUCCGACGAGGAACUCGGUUUAUGCAUCAUUAACUUAGGCACGUUCAUCCAUCGUGAACCAUCGUUGGCAGCACCGCUCUUGCCAGAAAUCCUACGUGUCGUGACAAAGGUGGCCCUCAAUGCCAUGUACCCCUGGCAAAGCGAGACCAAUAUGCAUCUGCCUGGUGGCGCAAUCAGUGUGGCGCACCAGUUCCUUCGUUGCGUUCUUCACCAAUUGGCGCCUAAUGGCGUCUUCUUGCAAAUGUUCCAAACGCAUCUGAAUGGCCUUAAACGCAAAGAAAUCUCUACCAGUGGAACGCCUCUCGACAAUACUGUUCAAUAUAGCAUGCUACUUGGACUGUCUACCUCUGGAAGCAGGUCUGGGUCCAGGUGCAACAACCUGGAUCGGUCUUCUAGCGCAAUUCGAUACCCUGUUCCGUAGGCUGGUGCUGAUGCUCUCAUCCAUCGAAGACGCCACUUCGUUAUUAAGGAUUAUGAUUUCUUUAUUGAAGGUUCCCGGUAUUCAACAAUCAAAGGGUAUGUUGGAUCCCUUUUCCAAGGUGUUGAGCUACGCCAUUCAAAAUUCUACUAUAAAGUACAGUUACCUGACGGAUCUCUGUUAUCUCUGUCACAGAGGUUUCUUAAGAGACAGAGACAAACACUUAUUUGGAAGAACCAUCGUGUUCGAGCUGAUUCAAGCUAUCAAAUUCAAGACCACAAUACCAGACUCGAAUUUUCUGUUGCUUCUACAUUUCGUACUACAGGACAUUGGAGGCUCGUUACCUAACAACGUCGCCUUGGAGAACGUCCAAACGGAUGUAUCGUCAAUUUACAAUACUAACGCCUCCGAGUCUCUGAAGUCUCAACUGUCGGACGUGCUUGACUUCUUGGCAGAUUUUCACACUUUGAGUAAAGUGAAGAGCUACAGCAAGGGGAUGCAAGCUGGACUGAACGAGGACACAUUGGGUGGUAUACUGAAGUGCGGUCUCGCGCAAUACGUCGCGUUAGAAAUUACUAGGGGCAAUAACAAGGAGAACAGAGCUGUGGCUCGAUAUCUUCCAUGGCUCUAUAGCGCACCCUCGAUGAUACAACAAGGGCCUCGAGAGUAUGUGGAUUGCAUAGGACACAUCAGAUUAUUAUCCUGGCUCUUAUUAGGUUCUCUCACGCAUACCGCAAUGUACUCUGGCAACACCCACGAGCCACCGAGCCCAUCCGCACAGCCAAUACCGCAGGAAGUCUCUUGCCAUGUUGCAGAUCACGUGCAAGUCAUAUUCUCCGGGUUCCCGGAACAGUCCAAAGCAUCGGUCUUGCACAUGUCUUCGUUGUUUCAUGCAUUCAUAUUGUGUCAAUUGUGGACCAUGUAUUUGGAAGAGCUGUCGAAGAACAAUCCAUCAAACAGCGAGAGUCAUAAUACUACGAUGAACAUUUUGUUGGAAUUCUGGGGCAAGAUAACGCCUUGCAUACUGCAGUUGGUUGGAUUCUCCAAAGUUUUGGCCGAGAUGGUGAAUUUGCAUUUCCUGAGCCUACUCGAAACUCUCCUCGAGUGUAGGUCCAUCCUAUUAAGUAAAUUGUUACCUCUUUGGAGUCCCAUACUAUAUUCGCAUCAUGUUCAGCUACCAGGACAUUUGCAAGUGCGUUUGCAAAAUUGCCGGGACUUCCCACCCAAUAAAAUGUCCGAGCACUUUGCCUCGUCUCGUCGAGAAUCAAAUGCCACGCUGUUACGAUGGCUUCAUCGAUUGCAGUUCAAGAUGGGGCAAAUAGAAAUGCAGUCUUCUACGGCCACGCAAUUUUACUCAAUUUAAACAGGAGAAAGAAAAUUUAAAAGAACUGUCUAGUCAAUCGGAAAAUGUUUUGUAAAAUGCGAGCUCGAUGCUGCGAAUCUUGUAUUAUUUUAGACAAAAUGUUGC